ACGAAGACGUGCAUCGAAACUUAGUGGUUCAGCCUGCCUGCGAAGGACCUCACAGACUGACCUUCGUCUAAAAAGGGUGAAAGCUUCCCUUAUCCAGACGUGCUGAAACAGGAUGGAUUAUAUGAGAUGAUGCGAUCAUAUUUCUAGAAUUGUCUGAUUUGGAGUCCAGAUUCAGGAACACAAGGAAGAAGCUGUUGGGUUCUACUGUUUAAAGCAGUGCAAAAAUGUCAUUUACACGUGAGCAAUUUUAUAAUGAGGCAAUCAGACCAAAUUUGGCUCGUUUUUCAUCAAGGGUGAAAGUGAGAGAUAUCUUACCUCACCUGCCAUGCCUCACACUCACUGAUAGGGAAGAGGUCGAAGCCAAGAGAGAAACUUCUGGAAACUUCACUGCUAUGCAGACACUUCUGGACAAUCUGCGGAGGCGAGAGAAAUGGCCUGAUGAGUUCAUCACUGCACUCCGGAACUGUGAACAUUGGGAACUGGCUGAUGAAAUAAGCGCUACUUAUGACAGGAUCAGGGGCAUCACCAAUAAUGCUGCUCCUACACCCAGACCAGCACCUGCUCCAGCUCCUUCUUAUACUUCAACUGGUGCCACAACAACCGUAACCACAGCAACAAUUCAUACAGUCCCAGCGACUACUCCUCUGCAAGUUCAACUGCCCCUUGCCCCAGCAAGUUCAACUGCCCCUUCCAACACUGCAGCCCCAGAACCAUCUCCUGCUCCUGUUCUCCAAGUUCCAGAGACACAGCAGGUGCAGAAACCGCCUACUCCAGUUCCAACACCUUCUGCUGAACCAGUUUCCCAAGCUGAAAUCGCACCUCCUGUUGUACCUUCUUCCCAAGCACCUCCCCCUCCUGCAGCCUCAGUUUCAAAAGUGCCUUUACCUGUUCAGCAAAAUGUCACAACCCACACUGGGGCAGUUGAGAACAAAACACCCGCUUUAGAUAGUUCAGAUGGCUUGGCUUUAACAGACCAAACCACCAUCUCCUCAUCAAAUGGUGAAGCUCUACUCUCCACCUCAAAUGCACAAGCAUCUUCCUCAGACACUUCCACUUCUCAAAGCCAAAUGACAAAGCCUUACACCACCUCCCAAACUUCUCCAAAGUCAAUGAAAACCCAGGUGCCACUAGAAGUCAAAGACAUUUACACUUCUGAGAGACUCCCUGUCCAAGACACUAAUCCCUUUCUGAGAGUGGAAAGGACAUUUCAGGAGCCGGAAGAGAUCUCUGACCCAACUGCAAAUGAGGUGGUUCAAAGGAACAACACUGUUGGAUUGCCAGUUUUUAAUGCUCCAACAAAUUCUACCGGAACAGCUCAGGCAACAUCUUCUGCACCUGCUGAGGUGGUUACGCACUCUCCCGCUUCCAUCGACCAGGAAUAUUUCAGCAAACCUGGCAUCCUUCAGCAUUCAGAACUCCAGCAGAACAGACCAGUGACUCUUCCUGUCUCGCAAGAGGAGCCUUGCUCAGUGGUUUCAGAUGAUUUGGAGAUCAGCAGCUUGAUGCAAGCAACAGAGCCUUCCACAGAACCUGGACAGUCUACUAGUCAUGCAGACCAGAACUCCGCACCCUUUGCUUCCCUUGAUUCUGCUACUCAGUCCUUUCAAGACCCUCCAUACACUGCUGCUCCCUUGACCCUUAACCAGCCUGAGGAGGACCACUAUGAAUCUAUCUACCACGGUCAUACACAGAUAAAUGUAUUUCAGUUUGCUGAAGAGCCAUCUGUUGAAAAUAUGAAUGGUCAGCCACCAAGCAUCCUGCAACAUAGCAGAGUCAUCUCUGAGGACCACAAUACCAUGAACUAUGUUGGCACAGAAAGUGCGGUUUAUCUCUCUGAGCCAUUUGGGCAUGACGGUAAGAAGUCAACUGCCAUCAAAGUUCGAGAGGAAGAAUCCAGUGCUGCAAGGCCAGAGCAGAGAGGAGAGGGGUGCCCUGAGUUAUUUGGGAUAAACAACUUCCACCUUAUUGCUGCAACAGGGAUUGGUCUGUCUGCUGUGUUCUUGGCCUGGAAGUUGACCCACAAAUGAAAAUUUUGUCAUAAGGUACUCAUUCUCAUGUUGCAUGAAACCCCUAUGAUUUUUCUUUUUCGAAGCAAAAUGUCCAGGCUGCUCUUUUCCAUUAACAACAGUGGAUAAUAACUGGUGUUGUCAAGCUCAGAAAAGGACAAAACAUACAAUAAAAGUAGUCCUUAUGAUGUUUGUGCUAUAUACCAAGUCUUCUAUAACCAUUCGAUAGCUUGCUGUGAAGAACAGACUGAGAUUUUAGUUGUCCAACAACAUAAUAUCUGUCGCCAAACUCUCUAGUGGUUUUAUCCUUAUGUAUUUAUUUUCAUGAGUGUAUAUAUAGGACUAUAUGUAAUCAUGGUUUGCCAUGUGCCUUACAUAUAUAUGCCUUGUAUGCCAGGGCCGAUAAUGAAUUUGACUGCCGUUGCACCUAUUUCACUGCUAUUAAAUGGAGUGUCAUGGAGCUUUAAAGUAAAUUGGAGAACCCAGCUUGACAGGCAUUAUAGUGUUCAACAAUUAGAUGUAUUGUGAGUUGUGAAAAGUUGCAAGAAUACAUCCUGUGAGUGACAGACCAUGCAUAUAAGGAGCUGUUGCAUAACCUAACCUUUCGGACAUUUCUGAAAAACUCAUUUGGAACAUAUUACAUGGACUGGACAAUCGCUCUAACCCUCUCCGUUAGCCCCCUCACAGAAGACUCGCAGGAGUGUUUCUUCUCAAACUCAUCUUGUUUCUCAUGAAUCCUCAUUCACAGAUGCCUUAGUGAACACUUUCUCCAUCACUGUCCCAUAUUUUCUGGGCAGUUUGACCCCGUAAGAGUUUCAAAGUGUGCACACACACAGGACACUGUCCGCUUUUGACAAAAUUCAAAUGUAUUCUCCUAAUGCCUGCUGUAAGAGGGUCCAAUAGUGGAGUAACUGUUAAAAUAGAUUAAGCUAAAUGCAAACAUAACCAAGUGCCCCAUGUGUGAAAAUGUAAAGUUUAUAUUGUUUAUAAUGCUGAUAUAUAAGUGUUGCGUCUGCAGAAGUCUCCAGGUACAGUGCGCAACAGUAAUACUUUUAGUCUUUUAUCGAAUACUGUAUUCUAGGUAUAUAUUCAAUAUAUUCAUGCAUUCUCAGAGAUUCAAACUCAUGACCCUAUCGUUUGAGCUGCAGAAACAACAUGAAAAGAUUCAUGCUAUUAGCAUCAAGUUAUCUGUGUAAGGGUAAACUGCAACAUAUUGUAAAGAUUGUGAAUGACUUUGAAUGAAUUACGUGUACACUUCAAAUGUAAUUCAUUAAAUGUUUAAUCAGCAAAAGCACUUUAUUCACACAUUAAUGUAAAUGAUUGAACCUAAUUUUAAAUGCACUGUAUGUUACUCCUGAUCUUUUAUCUGGGCCUGUAUGUUUGCUAGAUACUGUAUUUCAGGGGAAUAUUUAUACUUAAUCUAAACUUUUUGUGUACUGGUUAAACUUGAUCAUGCACAGUCAUAAUGAUUUCCAGAAUUGUUUCUGAAAUAAAAUGUCCUACCUUGAGUCUUUCUGGUCAGAGAGCAUAAAAGGAGGUAAAAAGGUUAUGAA